AUGGUGAGCAUUGAGAACUUGGGUCCAAUGAAGUCUCUUUUAAAUUCAACUUCAAAUGAAGUGGAGGAAUUAAAUAAUUCUAGUAAACAUUGGAAUUGUAGAGGAAGAAGAAGUAUAGCUAUAGCUGCUACAUUAUUACAAAAAGAUUAUAUUUUAGCGAUUCCAACAGAUACCAUAUAUGGUCUUGCUGGUAUUGUGUCACACAAUGAGUCUAUUAAAAAGUUAUAUGAAAUUAAGAAACGUGACGAAAACAAACCUUUAUCUAUUUCUGUUAGUAGCGUCACAGAUAUAAAAACAUGGGGUGUUACAGAUCAUUUACCACCUGAUUUAAUACCCACCAUAUUACCUGGUCCAUAUACGAUCAUCUUAAAACGAACACCAGCUUUAAAUCCUGCUUUGAAUCCAAAUUUGGAUACUGUAGGCAUAAGAGUUCCAAAUUUUCACUUUAUAAGAUGCGUUGCAAAAAUAACCGGACCUUUAGCAUUAACAAGUGCUAAUGAAAGCAAUGAACCAAGUUGUUUAUAUCCUAAAGAAUUUGAAAAUUUAUGGCCUUCGUUAGGUGGAAUAUUUCAUGACGGUUACAUGUAUGGUAAAGCAUAUGAUAAAUUAAGAAAAGGAUCUACAAUAGUUGAUUUGUCUCAACCAGAUUGUUACAAAGUUGUACGGUUUGGAGUUAAUGCAAAUCAACUUCUUGGUAUCUUACGAAAAUUCGGGUUAAGAAAGGAACAAUCUAAUUAA